AUGGUGUUCGCACUGAGCACCGGUGCCACCUUUGCCGCCGAGCAGUGCCAGGCAUACGGCAAUGGACAUGAUGUUUACCCGCGAGAACUCAAAAGUGAUGGCUACCACCGAUUGCACUGGUCUAAGGCGCAAAUCAUGAAGCAGGCGCCCUUCUGGGAAGGCACCGCCGUCGUCAACAAUGAACUGAAGGAGCUUAAUCUGACCAACUUUCGAAACAAGUACCUGGUCUUCUUCUUCUACCCACUUGAUUUCACCUUCGUUUGCCCGACUGAAAUCAUCGCAUUCAGCGACCGCGUUCAGGAGUUCCGUGCCCUCAACACUGAAGUGGUCGCCUGCUCAGUCGAUUCGCCAUUCACCCACCUUGCUUGGAUCAAAACAUCCCGUAAGCAAGGCGGACUGGGACGUCUAAACAUUCCGCUGCUUUCCGACCAAACUCAUCAGAUCUCUAAAGACUACGGUGUUUACCUCGAGGACUUGGGUCACUCGCUUCGAGGCCUAUUUAUCAUCGACCCUAAGGGCAUCUUGAGGCAAAUCACGAUGAACGACCUGCCAGUGGGAAGAUCAGUUGACGAGACUCUUCGACUGGUUCAGGCCUUCCAGUACACUGACAAACACGGCGAAGUGUGCCCUGCUAAUUGGAAGCCAGGUGCAGCUACCAUUGUUCCUGAUCCGGAGAAAGCAAGCAAAUACUUUAGCAAAGUGCCAGACAAAAGCGAUCUUUAA